AUGACUCAAUAUUGUAGCUGUCUGAGGGAUGUUUCCCCAGCCCUGCCGGGCGCUCCUACAGACGUGUCAGAGCUCUUUUACCGCCAGCUGUCGAUACACGGCGCCAUCUCCUCACUUUCUAGGCCAAUGACAGCCUCUCAGGAUGCAGCUAGGCGACGUAGAUCCGGGGAAGUUCAAUCGCGAUGUUUGAUGCUUGUAGCGAGGAUGAAGAUGAAGUUGGAAGUUCGACGUCUGGUUUGGCCCAAAGGGGAGGCGGCGGGCCGUGGCAGAACCAAAGCUUUUUUUCGACUUCAACAUAAAAACUUGCCACAAAACACUGGCCUACAGAGUACACCAUGUUCACGUCGACGCCCGCGGAUUCACCGUUCGUUAGCUGCCAGUGGGCAGGUCCAUGUGAGCAUUGGAUACAAACAACUCUAA